UUAUUUCAGUGAUGUCCUCGCAUUGCCCAUUUUCAAGCAAGAAGAGUCAAGUUUGCCUCCUGAUAAUGAGAAUAAAAUCCUACCUUUUCAAUAUGUGCUUUGUGCUGCUACCUCGCCAGCAGUGAAAUUACAUGAUGAAACCCUAACAUAUCUCAAUCAAGGACAGUCCUAUGAAAUUCGAAUGCUAGAUAAUAGGAAACUUGGAGAACUUCCAGAAAUUAAUGGCAAGUUAGUGAAGAGUAUAUUCCGAGUAGUUUUCCAUGACAGACGGCUACAGUACACAGAACACCAGCAACUGGAGGGCUGGAGAUGGAACCGACCCGGAGACAGGAUCCUUGACAUAGAUAUCCCCAUGUCUGUGGGUAUAAUCGAUCCGAGAGCUAAUCCAACACAACUAAACACAGUGGAGUUCCUGUGGGACCCUGCAAAAAGGACAUCUGUAUUUAUUCAGGUGCACUGCAUCAGCACGGAGUUCACCAUGAGGAAACAUGGUGGGGAAAAGGGAGUGCCUUUCCGAGUACAGAUUGAUACCUUCAAGGAGAAUGAGAAUGGGGAAUAUACUGAGCACUUACACUCAGCCAGCUGCCAGAUCAAAGUCUUCAAGCCCAAAGGUGCAGACAGAAAGCAAAAAACAGAUAGGGAGAAAAUGGAGAAACGAACUCCUCACGAAAAGGAGAAAUAUCAACCUUCCUAUGAGACAACUAUACUCACAGAGUGUUCUCCAUGGCCUGAGAUCACAUAUGUCAAUAAUUCCCCAUCACCUGGAUUUAAUAGUUCCCAUAGCAGUUUUUCUCUUGGAGAAGGAAAUGGUUCACCAAACCACCAGCCAGAGCCACCCCCUCCAGUCACAGAUAACCUCUUGCCAACAACCACACCUCAGGAAGCUCAACAGUGGUUGCAUCGAAACCGGUUUUCUACCUUCACAAGGCUUUUUACAAACUUCUCAGGAGCAGAUUUAUUGAAACUAACUAGAGAUGAUGUAAUUCAGAUCUGUGGUCCUGCGGAUGGAAUCAGACUUUUUAAUGCAUUAAAAGGCCGGUAUGUAAUUAGUGUCUAAAAUACCAAUGAGGUU